CUCCGGCUGAUCUGCAACAGCUUGUGCUGCUUUACGUCAGGACGGGACGCCCCCUGGCGCGGGGGACCCGGUCGAGGAGGAUCCGCUGCUCAGCGAUCACAGCGAUCGCGGCUAAAUAACUGCCCACUUGUUGCACCCCAGAUGAACGCGCUGGACACGGGCGGAGUGUGACCACGCAUUGCGACGCGCAUGGCACUGUGACAUGACACUCUUUCCCCGUUCCCCUCCUACCCUAUCCCUUCUAUUCUUCCUCUUCUCCCUCUUCCCUUCCUCCCUGUUCUCUCCUUCCCUGUCCCACUCCACUCUGCGCUGGAGUUCUGCCCAGGACCCCUGCUACCAGCUGGACGGGCGUCCGCGGCACUGCCUGUCGGAGUUUAUAAAUGCUGCUUACAGUGUACCAGUGCAGGUCUCUAAUACACUGGGUGGCCCUGAGAGAAAUGUCAGUUCACUUACGGACCUCCACAACCCCCACAACCUGAGCUGUUGGCUGGGGGAGGAGCUCAGUGGGGACUGGACCCUGACCGUACCCCUGGGGCGACGCUUUGAGGUCACCUACGUCAGCCUGCAGUUCUGCCAGCAGAGGGCGCCACUUGACUCUCUCUAUAUCUCAGUCCUGAAGUCCAUGGACCACGGCCGCAGCUGGAGGCCCUUGCAGUUUUACUCCCCCGACUGCAUGGGCUCCUUUGGGCUGGUCCCCCGCACCUCGGCCCUCUCACGUCAUCAGGAGAUGGAGCCCUUUUGUUCGGAUGCUCGGCCAUUGCAGAAACAGCGAGGGGGGCUGGUUUUAGCUUUUUCUACCCUGGAUGGGCGGCCCUCCUCCUCGGAUUUUGAUAACAGUCCCGUGCUUCAGGAUUGGGUAACCGCCACUGACAUCAGGGUGGUGUUCCACCAACAGGCAGCCAGGAAGGUGGAGCCCCCCCUCAAUGAGGGUGGGGUCUUGAGAUGGAGGGCUGGGUCUUCUCCAAAUGGGCGUGGCCAUGCCAGUAGGGCAAAAGGUGGUAUUGUAAAUGGGAGUACAGGGACGAGGCUGUCAGAGUUCGGUAAAACAGGCACCAGCAUGAAAAUGUCUGCGAGAGACAGAAAUGAAAAGUUUGAUAAACCCUGGAAAGUGAGUAACGGGCGGACCAGGCAACCUAAAGAUGGACACAACAUGACCCAGAAAGAUGAGUCCCUACGGCGUGCUGUGGCACUCUCCAGGAAGGGAGUGGCUAAGGGGAAGGGGCGGGGCCGGAGGAGGAAGGCGUGUGUGGAGGGAAGGUGUGAUUGGACGAUAGAGGGUCCAAAGAGGGGCACCACAGAACGAGAACUGAGAAGACGGAGGAAUCACAGGCAGAUAAACGGGGCGCCACGGCAGCACUGGGGCAAGGACUUCCCGUCGGCCUCGUCCCUGCUCUCCCGGCCCGCCCUGUCACUGUCUGACCUGCAGGUUGGGGGGCGGUGCAAGUGCAAUGGCCACGCCUCCCGCUGUCUCCGCGACGCCCAGGGCCGGGCGGUCUGCCUGUGUGAGCACCACACGACCGGGCCCGACUGCGACGCCUGCGAACCCUUCUACUGCGACCGGCCCUGGCAGCGCGCCACGCCCAGCCACCCGCACCCCUGCGUCCCGUGCGAGUGUAAUGGUCACUCCUCAAAGUGCAAAUUCAGCAUGGAAGUCUUCCAGCAGUCUGGGCGCCGCAGUGGGGGCAUCUGCCUCAAGUGUGGGCACCACACCGCCGGGCGGCACUGCCAGUACUGCCAGAACGGCUUCACCCGCGACCACAGCAAGCCGCUGAGCCACCGGAGGGCGUGCCAACCUUGCCAGUGCCAUCCAGUGGGGGCAGUAGGGCGGUGGUGUAAUCAGACAUCAGGCCAGUGCCUCUGCCGCAAUGGGGUGACCGGCCUGAGGUGCAGCCGCUGUGCCCCGGGUUACCAGCAGGGGCACUCUCCGAUUCGGCCCUGCCUCCGAAUCCAGGAGCAGGUCCCCACGACUCCCGUUUACCAGCCCCAGUACCGCAUUGGUGAGCAGUGCGGGUCUUACUGUCAGCCGUCUCAAGUGAAAGUGAAGAUGAACCUGGAGAUGUACUGUUUGAAAGACUAUGUUCUGAAGGUUCAGGUUAGAGGCAUGGAGAGAUCAGGGCCCUGGUGGCAGUUCUCAGUGCUGGUCCAGUCCGUGUUCCGCCUGGGGACGGCCCGCAUACGGCGCGGCGUACAGGCUGUCUGGGUUCCGGACCGGGACCUGGGCUGCGGCUGCCCAGCCCUCCAGGUGGGCAGAACCUUCCUGCUGGUCGGAGCUGAAGCCAGCAGUCACAACUGGGGACCAGAAGAGCGCCGCCUGGUGGCCGAUCGCAGCACGUUGGCCCUACCUUGGAGGGAACACUGGAAUCCCAAGCUAAGGGGCUUCCGGGGUCAGGACAAGAGGGGCCGCUGUCCUCCCAGACCACCUAGAAGAAGCACACAGCCUCCCGUGGACCACACCGCUCCCCCCCCAACGCUGUCACCGUCCAGGCAGCUGACCCACUCGCGUAGCACUGGUGCUGGGCCAGCAACAGCACAGGUGGAGGAAUCGGACCACGAGGCAGGGCCCUCGGCUCAGACACAGACACCCCCCCCCGAAGCUCAUACCCCAGCAAGCUCCUGAGCCCUCCACACACACACACCCCCCCCCCACGAGUCCAAAGAAAGGGGGGAAAGCUGAGGUCACACUUAUAGUGAGCGUGUGGGGGAGGAGGAGGCUGCAAGGGUCCAGGGUCUAGUCCCCUCUGAAUCGCUGAAGAAAACCAGUGUUGAGGAGAACAUGCGAUCCAACACACACACACACACACGGCCCUGGGGAUGUGAGGCAGGCCAGGUAUCCCUGACCCGUAAGACACGAAGGCCGAUGUUCAAACAUUGGCGGCAAUUAAGCUAAAAACAAAAUGACCACCUUUUUCUAA